AUGGACUCUAACCGUAAACAGCGACGCUUAGAGGGGAAGUCGAACAAACGAUAUGCGAAGAAUGAGGGACACAAAAAACAGCGAAUUGCGCUUCAUGCGGAAAUAGAAGAGGCCACAAAGACGCACAAACCGAUUAAAGAGCGCACAAAAGACACGAAACUGACGAUGGAAGAGGAGCCGUUGAAUGAAGGGGAGACGAAAAAGAUUAUCAGCUCAGCUAUGGAACAACUGAAAGAAGACAAGAAGGAGAGCUAUUUUGCAGGGAAACAAGAAAAGAAGGUUGGUAUAGAAGACCUUGAGACAAAUGAUCAUUUAAUGGAAGUGGAAGACAAAGAGGACUCUUCCGAGAGUGACAGUGAAGCGAGUGACGAGGAGUUACCCAAAGACAAGAUGGUGGCGUAUGACGUUCCAAUAGAUGAAGAGACUAAAAAGGUCUUAUUAGCCUUUACAGACACGCCUGAUGAUAUUAAUGUGAACUCGAUGAUAGAAAAGCAACUUGAUUUGAUUGAAGAAGAGGAGAACUUAAUGAAAUCGAAAAAGAUGGAAACGGAACCCUCUCAUGAAGACCACGAACACACUUGUGAUGAUGAGUGUCACCACGAAAGCGCACCAAAACCACUUCCUGAGCAAUUGAAUCAAGUGAAAGGAAAGUACUCUGACAAAGUCAGAGAUAUCUUUAAAGAGCUUGGGACGUUCUUGUCGUUAUAUCGUGUUGGGAAGUUACCCAAGAUAUUCAAGUUACUCCCAUCCUUUGAGGAAUGGCCUCAGUUCUUGAAGAUGACAAAUCCUGCGCUGUGGACCCCACAAAGUGUAUUCGCCGCAACCAAACUGUUUGUCCACUCGUCUCCCGCGGAGGUUGAAAAGUUCGUUCAAGUGUUUUUGUAUCCCAAAGUGCGGGAAUGUAUACACAAAACAAAGGAAUUACAUUUCGAGUUGUAUAUGGCUCUGAGAAAGACUAUUUAUAAGCCACGAGCAUUUUUCAAAGGAAUUAUCUUCCCAUUGUGCACAGAAAAGAAUGUCACUGGGAAAGAGGCACUCAUCAUCUCUUCGUUAUUAAGAAAGGCUUCGAUCCCUAUGAAACACAGUGCAGUCGCGUUGUAUAAGUUGGCUAAUAUGAAGUACAACUCUACACAAUAUCUCUUCCUCAAAACACUCCUCGACAAGAAGUACUCCCUCCCGUACGCGGCGUUGGACGCUGUCGCGGCCUUUUAUGCUCGUUUCACCGACAGCACCGAACAACUCCCCGUCAUGUGGCACCAGGGGCUUUUAGUGUUUGUCCAGCGUUAUGGUAAAGAUCUGAAGCAACCCCAAGUCAACAAAUUGAUUGAGGUCUGUAAGGUUCAGAAGCACCAUGCAAUCACUCAGGUCGUGAUGAUCGAGCUCCAGAAGAAGAAGGUCUGA